GGUAGCGUUUUCUUUUUGGUUGUUUGAUGUUGUUUUGACAAGUGUCAUCUAGGUGUCACUAUUUUCGGCCCCAAGCCCAAGGCGUUGGUUGUUGGUUGCAUUUUUCCUGCCAGACAUUGCAUUUUCUUCUUUAUUUUCCCAAUUUUCAAAGCAAUGGGCGUGCAAGUACAAUCGCUUUCACCUGGAGAUGGUUCCACCUACCCAAAGACCGGGCAAAGAGUCGUGGUGCACUACACCGGCACAUUGGAAAACGGUACCAAGUUCGACUCGUCGCGAGACCGUGGGACGCCCUUUAAAUUCCGCAUUGGCAAAGGGGAAGUGAUCAAGGGCUGGGAUGAAGGAGUCGCACAAAUGAGUGUGGGUCAAAGGGCCAAGCUAACUUGCUCAUCGGACUACGCUUAUGGGGCCAGAGGCCAUCCAGGCAUCAUCCCACCACAUGCUACCUUGAUUUUUGAUGUGGAGCUGUUGGAAAUUCAAUAGUGAUUGAGGCUGCAUUUAGAUGAAAUCAUUGUUUUAACUUAUUUUUGUUUAACACGUUAGAGGGAUAGGGUUUUUGAUUAUUUUGUGUUUAAAUUGAUAAAUAUAGAAUUAACAGUCUAU